AUGUUCUCGGCACUCCUACAGGUCCUCAUUGCCCUCACUGCCCUCUUGGUCCUGCAAAACAUCGAUGCUGCAGCGAGGCGAACGUUCACGAAGGCCGACCUGAGGGCGCGGCAGGAGGAAGCGGUGAAGAGGUUGGGUCCGCAGCGUCGCGCGGCGUCGAGCAGCGGAGGGCCAGGGACGGUGAAGAACAUCACCUUCACGAAUCCCCGCGCAUCUGUAGAGUUCUAUGUCGACGGCUCGACCCUCCCACUUGUCGAUUGGGACGUUGGUCCAAGCUGGGCAGGUUUACUCCCCAUCAGCAAUAAAACAGAUGAGUCACGGCAGCUCUUCUUCUGGUUCUUCCCACCAGGCCCUGAAGGCAGCCUGGACGACCUGAUAUUCUGGACAAAUGGCGGGCCGGGCUGCUCCUCCCUCGAAGGUGUGUUGCAAGAGAACGGGCCUAUCAGUUGGUCUUGGGGCCAGGCGAAGGCGACGCCGAACGAGUACAGCUGGACCAACCUCUCUAGUAUUAUUUAUGUCGAGCAGCCAGUUGGGACGGGGUUCUCGCAGGGCACGCCGGACAUCAAUAACGAAGACGAGCUCGCGGAGCAGCUGGUUGGCUUCUUCCAGCAGUUCUUCGGCGUCUUCCCCGAACUCGAGGGCAAGAACUUCUACCUGAGUGGCGAAAGUUACGCGGGCACCUACAUCCCUUAUAUUGCGAACUACAUAUAUGACAAUCCCGACUCCAUCCCUGUGCCUUUGAAGGGCUUUUGGAUAUCUGAUCCCUCGGUCUCGUGGGAUGUCGUACAAGAGGAGAUCCCUGCAGUCGCUUUCGUGCGCAAGUACCAAAACGUGUUCGCUCUUAACCAGACAUUCAUGGACUACCUGGACGAGACAGCCGCCGCCUGCAACUACGCAGACUACAUGGAGAAAUACGUGACGUUCCCGCCACAGGGCCUCCUUCCCCUGCCGGGGUCGAGCGUCGAGUUCGAUGAUGGAUGCGACGUCUGGGACGCGAUAUUCUCCGCAGCGUUGUUGGUUAAUCCUGCCUUCGAUAUCUACCGCAUAUUCGACACAUACCCGAUUCUGUGGGACGUCCUCGGAUUCCCUGGUUCUUUCCCGCAAACGCAAGUCUCACCCUUGUACUUCAAUCGUGACGAUGUCAAGGCGGCCAUCCAUGCGCCUCUGAACGUGGACUGGACAGAAUGCUCGAACAUCAAUGUCUUCCCGAACGGUGACAGCAGCCUGCCGCCGGCCCUCUCGGUCCUUCCGAGUGUGAUCGAGAGGAGCGAGAGAGCUGUGAUUGUGCAUGGUCUGGCGGACUUUAUCCUGAUUGCCGACGGGUGCGUCUGGCAAUGGAACGGCCUACAAGGCUUCCAAACACCCAUCCAGAACGACAGCUUCAUCGUCGACGGCAUGGGAGCCCUCGGGAACGUCCACUCCGAGCGGAACCUGACAUACUUCGAAGUCGCGUUGUCGGGACACAUGGUACCACAAUUCUCGCCCGUGGCUGCAUUCCAAAUUAUGCAGUACUUGAUGGGAUUCAGAGAGAUGCCGUAG